UAUUUUGAUUAAUUCACUCACUGAGGUCACUUUCAAACUAGUUUACUGAACACUUUGUGCCAAAAUGUAUGGAGGAAACUAUAUUCAGGGAACUAUCUUCCCAGCUCCAAAUUUUGAUCCUGUUGUGGAUGCCCAGAUGCUUGAGGGAGCUUUACAAGGAAUAGAUUGUAAUAAAGAUAUGCUGAUUGAUAUUCUAACCCAGCGCUGCAACUCACAAAGACUCAUGAUUGCUGAGGCUUAUAGGAACAUGUAUGACAGGGAUUUGCUUGCAGAUUUGAAAGAUACUCUGUCACAUCACUUCAAGGAAGUUAUGGUUGGGCUCAUGUACCCACCUGCACUUUAUGAUGCCCAUGUGCUAUGGCAUGCUAUGAAGGGAGUUGGCACAGAUGAGAAUUGUCUAAUUGAAGUAUUGGCUUCAAGAUCAAAUGGAGAGAUCUUCCAGAUGAAAGAAGCCUACCUAAUGCAAUAUGACAGUGAUCUUCUUCAAGACAUUUAUUCUGAGACUUCUGGACACUUCAGAGACACAUUAAUGAACCUUGGUCAGGGAAGUAGACAAGAAGGCUAUGCAGAUCCUGCUAUGGCUGCUCAGGAUGCUAUGGUCCUAUGGGAAGCAUGCCAGCAAAAAAGUGGGGAACACAAAAACAUGCUGCAGAUGAUUCUGUGCAACAAAAGCUAUCAGCAAUUGUGGAUGGUUUUUCAGGAGUUUCAGAAUAUCUCUGGACAAGACAUAGUAGAUGCCAUUAUUGAAUGUUAUGAUGGAUACUUUCAGGAACUACUAGUAGCAAUAGUUCAGUGUGUUCGAGACAAAGUGUCCUAUUUUGCUUCUCGGCUUUACAAUGCAAUUCAUGAGUUAGAUUUCCAUAACAAAACGGUUAUAAGGAUUUUGAUUUCCAGAAGUGAAAUAGAUUUGAUGAAUAUAAGGCAACAAUAUAAAGAGAGAUAUGGAAAAACAUUAUUCCAUGAUAUUAAGCAUUUUUCCUCUGGACAUUAUGAGAGAGCUUUACUUGCCAUCUGUGCUGGUGAUACUGAAGAUUAUUAGAACAAAGAAAAUCAUUUUGGAAAUGGAGAUGAUGCUAUAUGAUGCAUUUAUUUUGGUAACAGAGAUCUCAUAUAAUUUCCAGUACGAUCAUCCAAUGCCUUACCUUUUCUAAGAUACAUAAUUUAAACACAGAUUUCCAAUCAACAGCAUAUUUAGCUCCUUUUUAUCAUUUCAGAUUUCAUUUGCUUCAUAUCUACUAGUGUCAUCUCACCCAAAGCACACCUCUAAAAUUAUAUAUUUGAAAAUAAGCACUUUGAUGUUACAGGAGUUCUCUGAGUGUAAGCAUUUCAGAAAGCAGAAAUCUAACCUGUACAAUUAUUAGGUUUCAUAAUUAUAUCAGAAAGUAGAUUUAUUUACAGGAAAUAUAUUAUUGGCAUAGGCAAAGCUUAGCCUCUAUGCAUAUGUGCCUGGAAAGAAAGGCAGAAGGAAGUAAUCUCAGAUUAGUAAUCUAGUAGACAAAGAUCAGACAGAGUGACAAAGUGGAAACACAGAGUAAAUCCUUAACUCUCUGUCUAUACCCUACUGCCCCUUGUGGUCAGUAGGUCAUGAGGCAGGGAAGGGCCAGUGCCAUUGGCUUUGGGUCUCCAAUAUUUUGAAAUCACUGACAUAAUCCUCCAAGUAGAUAUGUUUCCUAUUGUUAGGUUGAUUUAUACAUUCCUAGUUUUUCUUCUUUAGCACAGUUUUGAUGAUGAUGAUAUGAUGAUGAUGAUGAUUUCAUCAAUUCUACUUCAGCAAGCUAUGUACAAGUAUGAUUAAUAUCUAUUUUUAGGAAGCAUUCUAAAUGAAUGGCUAAAUGUAUUCCUAUUAUAUUGCAUGGAUUUAUAUGGAACAUAAGCAUAUGUUAAACUAAGCAUUAAUAUUUACUGGAUCAAUUAAACUUUCAUUUAUAUUA